UGUUGUUUCUCUUUUUCUUUUUUCUUUUUUUACAACUAUUAAAACACAAACAAAACAACCCUAAAAAGAUGGCACCUCCUCAAAUGGCUGAAGAACCGUUAUUGUGUUUGGGUGAAGAAAGCAACCUUCAUUUACGUCGAUACUCACAAUCCCAUGUCGUUUCGUUUUCUUCGGCCAAGGAUUCAUUAACGGUACCUUACAGCCGAGGAAGAUCUUAUUCUGCCUCAGCAGCUCAUGGUUCAUUAGCAGCUCAAUUAAUUGCCUCUGUCAAUGAAAAAAUCAAGCAAGAAACAAGCUAUUAUGAAGAUGCUGCCUUUAUCGAAUACAUGGAUGAGACAUGGGAUACAGCAAAAGCUUUAUCCCUUGGUGCCAAACGUCUCUUAUUGAUUGAAGAAUUACCCAAGGAUCGACAAGAAAACGAAUAUGUGUUGUCUGGUUACCGUUUCUAUCGUAACACAAGGGAUUGUUUACGUUCCUUGUUUAAAUUACAUAACGAAACCAUGAAUAUCUGGAGCCAUUUACUUGGUUUCUUUUUCUUUUCCUAUCUGUCCGUCAGCAUAUUCCAGCGCAAGUUCCCUGAAGCUUCUAGUCGGGAUCUACUCGUGUUUACAGCAUUUUGUUUGGCCUCGUUGACAUGUUUAUUAUGUUCAUCGAUUUACCAUACAUUUAUUUGUCACUCAGCACAUCAUGUCAAGAGCUUCACAGCCACUUUGGAUUACAUUGGAAUUACUUUUCUCAUCACAGCCUCCAUCUCGCUCAUUAAUCACUUUGGUUUUUACUGUGAUCCUGUCCCUCGCAUACGUUACAUUGUGUUUAGUUGCUUGAUUGGAAGUAUUGGUGUGAUUUUGCCGUUCUUUCGGUUCUUUGAUACGAAGCGUUACCGACCUUUACGUAUUGGUCUCUUUGUGGCUAUGGCCUUCUCGAGUAUCGUACCUUUAGUUCACAUGGCCAGUAUGAAGGGAUCUCAUCAGACUCUACUCUUUUUGAAACCCGCCUUGAUUGGCGCUGCCAUGUACAUCUGUGGUGUCACGGUUUACGCGAAAAGGUUUCCAGAAAAAUUCUUUCCUGGAAAAUUGGAUGCGGCUGGUAUGACAAGUCAUGCCAUCUGGCACGUUUUUGUUUGUUUGGGUAUCUUUUUUACCUAUAUUGGUUCUUUCCAUUUUUAUAGUCAACGUGAGUCUUAUGGAUGCAUGCUUUCAUAAAACCUCAUACCCCCAUCCCAUCCUUGAAUAGGCCAAUUAUCCUUUCUUCUUUCUUUCUUCCGUCAUAUUUGAGCGGGCUCAUUUUUUCUCUCUUUGUACAUUUUUUUUUCUUCUCCUCCGCAUGAAAACCCUACCAACAGCAACAAAAAAAAAAAAAAAGCUCUUUAAUAUUAAACUAAUUACCAUUAAAAUUUGGGAUUUUUCUUUUAAAA